ACCGAUGGAUUUAUUUGCAAUGAAGGAGAAGACUAAAUCAUUUGUUAAACCAUUCAGGAAAAAAGUGGAGAAAUAUUCUUUCGAUAAACAUUACCAUGGAUUAGAUCGUGUGUAUAGUUGCUAAGAAAAUGAACUACGCUUUCGGCUAAAAUCACUAACUCGAGCGAGGGAUGCAUCAUUCAGUUUCCGUGUCCUUAGCUCCGGUGCUUUCAUUUUCCGGGAUUGCUUCAGUGUAAAUCUUAACGAUGAUGUGCGAUGUGAUGCCCACGAUCUCUGAGGACGGGUCGACGGACCGAGAGUCUCAGGGAUCGGGGGAUGAUGCUAACUUUGAGCAGCUUAUGGUAAACAUGUUGGACGAGAGGGAUAAGUUGAUGGAAACACUACGUGAAACACAGGACUCGCUCUCAUUGACUCAAGCUAAACUCUCAGACACAGAAAAAGAGAAAGAAAGCCUUCUCAGUCAACUUCAGUCCACAACCCCUCAGCAAGAAUAUGCAUCACUGGCAAAAGAAGUGAAUGCUAUGCGAGAUCAGUUAUUGGAGCGAGAAGAAGAGGUUUCCGAAUUGAAGGCAGAACGCAAUAAUACCAGGUUGCUGCUGGAGCACCUAGAAUGUCUAGUAUCUAGACAUGAACGAUCUCUCAGGAUGACUGUGGUCAAGCGACAGGCUUCCUCCCCAGCGGGCGUUUCCAGUGAGGUAGAAGUGCUGAAAGCACUCAAGUCCUUAUUUGAACACCAUAAAGCUUUAGAUGAAAAGGUUCGUGAGAGGUUAAGAGUAGCCCUUGAGAGAGUAGCAACAUUAGAGGAAGAUUUGGCCAGUGCCAACCAAGAGUUGUUUACAUUACGAGAGCAGCAGAGUAAGUCACGUCAUUCCAGUGGUAGUACAGAGGAUGGCAAACCAGCCAAGUUGGAGGCCAUACAACAAGAAGGGACGGAGUCCAACAAGCCGGACCACUUACACCACCCAAAGCGAUUAUCAAAUGGAUCCAUUGAUCCCGACUCUGACGUCAAUCGAGUUAUAGAGCUACAGGACACUGUAGAGAAGCAGAACUCCGAGCUGACAUCAGCCAGAACCAAGAUGUUAGAAAUGACUAAUAAGAUGACUGAGCUUGAGGAAAAUUAUACAUGUAACCAAAAAGAUUUGAUUAAAUGUCAGGAGCAGGUGGUCAAGCUCCAACGAGAUCUGCGAGAGUCAUUGGCCCAAAGAGAAGAUCAAGAGGAAAGAAUAGCUACAUUAGAGAAGCGCUACCUCAAUGCUCAACGGGAGUCCACAUCAUUACAUGAUCUCAACGACAAAUUAGAGUCGGAACUUGCCAAUAAGGAAUCACAGCUGAAGUCGAGUGAGGAGAAAAUGCGAAGUGCACAGGAGAAGUUUGAGUUAGCAGAACAGCGACUUCAGCAAUCAAUGAAGAAGGUGGAAGCUCUCCCAACAGUGGAGGCAGAACUUCAACAACGUCUUGAGGCACUGUCUCAAGCUGAGGAGCGACAUGGAUCUGCUGAGGAAAUGCUGCAACAAAUGAGAGCUAUCAUAUCAGAGAAGGAGACUGAGCUUCAAAGGGGUAGACAGAGGGAAAAGUUAAAUGAAGAACACAACAGUCGAUUAUCAGCCACAGUGGACAAACUACUGAGUGAAUCAAAUGAGCGACUCCAGCUGCACUUGAAGGAACGAAUGCAAGCAUUGGAGGAUAAGAACCAGCUAACACAGGAACUAGAGCGUAUCUGUAAGGCUCUGGAAGAAACACAGAAUGAGAAGGAAAGGACCAAUGAAGACCUGGUUGUGGCAAAGAGGGAAGUAGAAACACUUCGUCAGCAGAUUGAACAUUUAGCUGGUGUUGACUACAGGACAGGAUACAGCAUGACUUCCAAUGUGAGUCCCAUGGAAAGCAGCAUGGAUGUGUCACGACGCAUGAACCGAGGCCGGGAACAAGCCAUGCUGGAGGAUCCAGGCAAAGUCAGUCUACAGGUUAACACGCUUAAUGAGCAGGAGUGGGAGAAAUUACAGCAGGCACAUGUGUUAGCAAAUGUCCAGCAUGCAUUUGAAUCGAGCGACAAUGAGGGAACCGAUGAUAAUGAGUCAGUACUGGGUGCGUUUGACAUGCUGUCACCGACAGGACACACUGAUGCGCAGACGCUAGCCUACAUGUUGCAGGAACAGCUGGAUGCUAUUAACAAUGAAAUCAGGCUGAUCCAGGAAGAGAAGGACAGCACCGAGCAGAGAGCUGAGGAACUGGAGAGCAGGGUAGGCAGCGGAAGUCUUGAUACAAUCACCAACAGGUGGCGCACAUCCCCUCCGCUUAGCGGAAGUUCAACUCCGACCCCGCAUACUUUUCAAUCAAGAGACUACCUUCAAAAGUACCAUACUGCCCCGGCAGGAAUGUCCACAUCCCACCUGUAUACCUACUCUUCCUCUAGUCCCCAGCUUGCCACUACUGCUGCUGACGGCGCUGUUAACCAGCCUCAGUACAGCCGAGAUGACACAGCAAUAGAUGAAGAAUCUCGUCAGAUCAAAUGUGAGUCUAGUCCCCCUACACCUCGAUCCCUUCGCCUAGAGAGGGUUGCGGCAGCCAUUGCCCAAAGCAGCGAGGACACGCCAAGUCGACCGGUGAUAGACACGACUCAGGCAGCUGCUAGUCCCUUUAGUAGCAAUAACAGUAGUCAGGACUCUCUACACAAAAACAAGAAGAAGGGCAUUAAGAGCUCUCUAGGGCGCUUCUUCAGCAAGAAAGAGAAGGGCAAGACCAAGGACAGUAUAACACGAGAAUUGCUCCCAGCAGGUACAUAUAUGGGAGAUGGUGGUGCUGGGGAUGCCCUGACACUGGGUCUGGGACAGUCAGAGUAUGACAGGAGAAAGAAGAAGAAGCAUGAACUAUUAGAAGAAGCCAUGAAAGCAGGUACACCAUUUGCCCUAUGGAACGGUCCCACAGUUGUAGCAUGGCUAGAGCUAUGGGUAGGAAUGCCUGCAUGGUAUGUGGCAGCCUGUCGAGCUAACGUCAAAAGUGGAGCGAUCAUGUCAGCAUUAUCAGACCAAGAGAUCCAACGAGAAAUUGGCAUCAGCAAUCCCCUACAUAGGUUAAAAUUGAGGCUGGCCAUACAGGAGAUGGUCAGCUUGACCAGUCCAUCAGCCCCCAAAACUUCCCGUACUACCUUAGCAUUUGGCGACAUGAACCAUGAAUGGAUAGGUAAUGAAUGGCUGCCCUGUCUAGGACUACCCCAAUAUCGCAGUCAUUUCAUGGAGUGUCUAGUCGAUGCUCGCAUGCUGGAUCACCUCACCAAGAAAGAUCUACGUGGCCAACUAAAAAUGGUGGAUAGUUUUCAUAGGACAAGUUUACAAUAUGGUAUUAAUUGUUUAAAAAGAUUGAAUUAUGACAAGAAAGAAUUAGAACGAAGGAGAGAAGACAGUUCUUCAGAAAUGAAAGAUGUUUUAGUGUGGACGAAUGAGCGGGUAAUAAAAUGGGCACAAUCAAUAGGUCUCCGGGAAUAUGCAAACAAUCUGAUAGAAUCAGGUGUACAUGGUUCUUUGGUUUCACUGGACGAGAGCUUUGAUCACAGCAGUCUAGCUCUGGCCCUCCAGAUACCAACUCAAAAUACACAAGCUAGGCAGAUAUUGGACCGAGAAUUUAGCAAUCUUCUGGCAAUGGGUACUGACCGGCGGCUGGAUGAGGGUGAAGGUGGAAAAUUCAGAAGAGCCCCAUCUUGGCGCAAGAAGUUCCGGACAAAGGACAAAAGUCGUGAGGGUGGGGAAGAGGGUGAGGCUGGAGAGGCAGGCACACAAACACCUCAGCCGUCGCAGGCACAACCCAGUCAACAAUCACCUCAGCACGCCCGCCGCGGCACAGACAAUGCCGCUGCUGCCACCACAGCCGCACAGCGCAGGCCCCCGGAACAAAUGCGGAAUUUUUGACAUAAUAGUGAUUAAUCAUAGUCAGACAUUAAUCAUAGUCCGACAUUUUUACAAUUAAAUUCAUUCUAGAUUAUGAGAUGUAGCGUAAGUUUGGGUCAGUAUGAGGAUCAGACAUUCUCAUUGGACAUUACUACUCAGUGUUGUCAUUGUUAAGUUCCAUUGUAAGUGAAACAGUGUGUGUGUACUUUAACCUACCAUGUGGUAAAUGUGACAUAGGCCAUACCUACUAUGGUGAAGUGUAUUACACCUAUGGUAGGGUGUAUGUAACCUAUGAUAGGGUAAAUAUGUUACACUCCUAUGGCAGGGUGAAUAUGUUUCAGACUAUGGUAGGGAUGAUAGGGUGAAUAUGUUUCAUGUCAAAGGUAUGGUGAAUAUGAUUCAAAACUAUGGUAGGGUGAACGUUACCUUUGAAAGGGUGAUCAUUUUAAAUACCUAUGAUAGACUGAAUACAUUGUGUACUUUAUGGCAGGGUGAACAUGUUCUAUACCAAUGGUUGGGUGAAUACAUUACACACCAUUGGUUUGGUGAAUAGGUUACACUCCAGUGGUUUAGUGAUUAUGUUACACAUCAAUGGUUGGGUGAGCAUGUACACACCAAUUGUCGGAUGAAUGUUAUCAAUGAAUGGGUUUAAUGUCGUCUAUUGUAGGGUGAAAAUAUUACCCCUGUUACAGUGAAUAGGCCACAUACCUAUAGUAAAGUGUAUGUUUUACUUAUGUAAGGGUGAAAAGUCUACAUACCUGUAGUAGGGAUAGUAGUAGAGAGAUUUAAAUGAAUAAUGUCUUUGUUAAAGCUAUGUUGGGGUGAAUACGCUACCUACUUAGAAUAGUGUGAAUAUGUGACCUAUGGUAGGGUGAAUGUUAUGUAUGAUAGGGUGAAAAUAUAUUGAAUUGCAAUGGCAGUGUGAACAUGUUACCUUUGGUAGGUUGAAUACAUUGUAUAGCUAUGGUAUGGUGAUUAAUUUACAUACCUAUAGAAGGAUCAUAUGUUACCUUUAGUAGGUAAAUGUGUUACCUGUGUUAGGGUGGACAUACCUAGUUAUAUCUCCCACACUGCCUAUGGCAAAACGAGGGGGCUUCUUCUCAAGCACUAGUCCACUAGCAGACCUUUUAUAAUUGCAUAUUAUAUCGACAGUGGAAAUUACUAUGGUAGUGAUUUUGUGAUGUUGGUAGACUUUCAGUGUGAUGUGAAUUAUUAUAGAAUAUUCCAGGAGAUAAGGGUUUCAUCACCUGACAGUAGGUGAUAUAUAUUGAGAUAAAACAAUGGAAGAGUACAGAUGAGAAGGCUGUACCUGCUAACCAAUCAAGGAGCAAUAGAGUUACCUGCCCUUGUUCAGCGCCAGAUUUACAACAGAAUCAUGAGUUAUAUCUGCUUCUGCUAAGCAAAUGACUUUAAUUUGUUACUGUGAAGCAGCAGAGCACUAGAUGGAGAUUGGGUUAUCUGCCCUUUUCAUUUCACUUAUUUGUCAUACAUUUUGUCGUAGAUUUCAUACAUCUUAGCAAUCUGGGAGGAUCUGUGGCCACAGAACAAACCGCGCGUAUGCACCAAAGUGAGCAAUGCACACAUGCGACGGAGCAAGGUCAUUGGAGGUUAAUCUCAGGAACACAGUCAUUUUUUGUCACAUUACUAUAUAUAGCACAGUUUUUGUUGCCUUUGGCAGUCAGUGCAUGUAGAUCUGUUAUAGGACUUGUCCAGGGACCAGCGACAACACCUUUAGUAGAGAUUAACAGGCGAAUGAUGGGAACUUGUGACGUAAGAGUGUGAAACGAGAUCGGAAGUGUAAGUGAGAGGUAUAGUGUGUAAGUGGUAGGAGUGUAAGGUUGAGAGUUUGAUGAGAAAUAAAUGGUCUGGAACAUGAAAGGAAGAAUUUUUGUAGACAAAAGAGGGUUCUAGAAAUGUCAGUGAUGAGCUAAUGGUUCACACAAGCAGGUUAAAUCUUAUACAACCAAAAAAAGCCAAGUUUGUUUAGGCUUAUUCAAUAACAGGUCAGUACUAAUAAUGAUAUUGACCAUUACAGUUGUACUAAGUGGUCUGGUUUGGGUACUACACAUAACAGUAAACUGCCUUGUGUUAACCAGCAGGUCUUCAUUAAUAAAACCAGACUGCAUUUAUGUGACAAGUGAGUUUACCUGUAUAAAUGUCAGUUGAAAUAGUAUGUCUGAAAUAUGAUAUAUGUGUUUUUUAUGUUAAAGAUAUUUUCUUUUUGUUUAUUUAAAACUGCAAUAUAACCAUGAUAUCAUUGAUAGGUUUUGUCCCUCCUUAGAUACUUGAAUAUUUACCGAGAUGGAGUACUAAUAUAGAUAACAUAAUCCAGUGACAAGUCCCUGUGAGGGCAGUGUAUCAUAAGGUUUAUAUAUAGUGAUGACAAGCCCCUGUGACUGUAGUCUGGGGGAAUAUUUUAUACUUCAUAGACUUAGUUCAAGAUAUCUAUUAUCGCAUUUAAUGAAAACGUAGUAAGGGAAACAUUUACUUACCCGGUAAUUGUCAGUUUAGAUGUAACAUGAGGCCCCAGUUACUCUAAAGUUAACAAGUGGUUAGUGAAGGAUAAGUUAAUAAGUGGUUAGUGAAGGAUAAGUUAACAAGUGGUUAGUGAAGGAUAAGUUAACAAGUGGUUAGUGAAAGAUGAUAAUAGCUGCCACUGAACUAACAAGAGUGUUGAACACAACUUUAAUACUCUAAAUAUAUCAAUAUGACGUGUCUCAACAAAUCUACCCGUAUCACAUUUAAAACUUUUUACUACCACUGGUUAUCCUUAACAAACAACUGGGGCCUGAUGUUUGUCAACAUUUAGAACUAUGAUGGAUGAUAUAUCCUACUUUUAUACUAGUUUAUAACCAAAAGUAUUUUAUAUGAUGAAUUAUAAAGGAAGUAAUCAACUUACAUAGCUUUCUCUUUUUGGCCCAAACAGCCUUGAAAGAAAUUGGAAUAUACACAGAAAACCCAAAUGAUAAAGAAGGUGACCCCAUGGUGUGAUAAAUGAGUGAUAUGUCACAUGACACUUCCAAUAACAAGUCGAUUUAUAGUGAGGAUCCAUGUUAUUGUUUCCAAAGAUAAAUCUAGUUCCAAAGAUUAGCCGAAACGUUUAUAUAUAAAGCCAAAAAUGGUCAUGAAGAGGUGGACUUCAAGAUUUUGCAGUACAUUGCAGACUAAGCUGAUAGUUCUAGGCACUGUUUAAAGCAGGUUAAAAAGAUUAAAGAAUUAAAACAAAAAAUGUGUUGAUUAUUAAUAUGGGAAAAUGAUUAAAUGUGGAUGAGGCAGAGUUGACGUGCAAGUAAGACUGUCCCAUUCCAGUGAUUUUACACAUCAUUUCAGUUCUAAUGAUUGUUCCUUCCUUCCCCCAUUCAAAUUAAUGUCAUCUUGAGAACUCUGAUUCGGUUUAUGUCAGUGAAGGUCAAAGGUUACAUUGGACAACUUAUGCCAUUUCAUCAAACGGUGAUACUGAUGUGUAUGUUCAUUCAUUUGUUUUCAUCAUGUAAAUCUAAAUGUUUUGUUAAGAUUACUCCCCUCAAGUUUUAAUUUUCAUCUACUUAAUGUAUCCCAUGACCAAGUUCUCAACCUUUAUAAAAUUGUCAGCACACAGAUAGUGUCAUAUAUUUGUAUAUGUAUGAAGUAUGUAUUAUGAUAAGUUACAGAAUGAAUUAACGUGGCUUUUCAUACAGGAGUUAAAAUUUACUGUCAUAGUAACGCAAACCAGUUUUAGUUAAAUUAAGAUUGUCAUUCAUAUUACAGCUGAUCAUUAACAACAAAUAUGUGUUCAUUUCCGCAGUUCUUUGAUGUUCGCAAUAUGUCACAAAGUCAAUAAAUGUACAAACUAACAUGGCAGAUACAGGUAACAUAAGUAUUAGUCAUUCAUAGAAGUAUUUCUACAUGUAUCAGUCAUUUUAAGUUAACCCCUUACAAGUCAUUUCAUCUCCAACAAAGAAUUGUUAUGUGAUCAAAUGUUUUCUGCUGAAAUCACAAAGAACCCAUAUAUGGGAAUUGUACUUGACCAAGCUGAGCUUUUCUGUUGAAGUUAAUGUGAAUUUUAAUUGAAAAUAUGUAUAUACUCUUCUGCUUAUUAUUUUGAGGUGUCCAGUGGGGAUAAGAAAAGACAAAAACAUCUAGUGCAAAACGUAGUUUAUCUUUUGAAAUGGUUCUGUUUGUCGCGAAUUUCAGUAUCCAAAUAUUCACUGGCAUUCAGCAAUAGAAAUAUGAAAUCUAAAAAGAGGUGAAGAAAGCAUGAGCAUUUAGCAGACAAGACUUAUUAGCAUGUACAGUAAAAUCAUACAAGGAAUCAACAGUUCAAAUUCACUGCCAGCUCUUACUACAUUAGCAGUGGAAUUUUACUGUAAAUAGUCAAGGGGUUGUGACUGUAUAAAUGUUUUUGUUCACUAGGUGCUGUGUAUCAUGGUGUACUUAGAUGAAUUACGUUCCAUUUUUGAUUUACUACGUAAUAUUCAAUACUCGGUUUAAUAUGUUAAGUUGUUGGACUAGUUACUGUUUUUGUUACGAGCGUUUGUGGUCCCUGGAUGUAGUACCGAUCAGCUGGUCCAGUGUGUUCAGAUGAUUUUAGAUAUACCUGGUCAACUAAGUGUAGCUGUCAGGCAUGUUCGUGAUGGAUCUGUGAGUGGCAUGUGAUAUCUACAGUUAAGAUUUUGUAUGUAUUAAAACGCUUCAUCUGUGUCCAUAUUUAUUAUUUCUUAACAAUGUAAUAACAUGUGAUAUUUGAUACCAGCAGGUUCUGUGUGGCAUCGCACAAAUAUGCAAAUACAGCGUCUCGGCUCCAUCUUGUAUUCAAUGGUUUUGUAUUUACUGCGAUGAUAGAAUAAAUGAUUGAUGAAAGUCAAAA